UUCUGCACGUUCUGCAAAAUCACAGCAAGAAAGCCAGUCGGUCGGUACUCGUCAUCGCGGCAGUCAUCGGCGGAUUUUUCGAAACUGUUCUCCAACCGACGAUCGGGGCCUGGUACCGGAAAGCCCUUUUGGUCUCACCAAGCCUUUCCGGUUAUCAGUGUAAAAUGCGCUGAAGAGGAAACUGACAAUGGAGGAGGUCCGCGAAACAGGCAUGCCUUCCGCUUCUGUUUCUUCAAUUCUUCUACUCCUUCUUGUCACUACCACCGAUGCCCAGAGAAGUUUGGAGUUUUUGGAUCUGCUGCCGGAGGAUCCAAAACUCUAUGACAAGAUGAGACCACCAAAACAAGGUGGACAAGCCACCGCUGUUUUUUUUCAUGUGACGGUGAUGGGUCUCGAUUCCAUCGACGAAACUUCAAUGACAUACGCCGCGGAUAUUUUUUUCGCUCAAACGUGGAAGGACAAUAGGCUACGACUUCCAGAAAAUAUGACGUCCGAAUAUAGGUUAUUAGAAGUCGACUGGUUGAAGAAUAUGUGGAGGCCGGAUUCGUUCUUCAAGAACGCGAAAUCCGUAACUUUUCAAACGAUGACGAUACCCAACCACUACUUGUGGCUUUACAAGGACAAAACCAUCCUUUACAUGGUGAAGCUGACAUUAAAGCUCUCGUGUGCCAUGAACUUUCUUAUAUACCCCCACGAUACACAGGAGUGUAAACUACAAAUGGAAAGCCUUUCACAUACAACGGAUGAAAUGAUCUUCCAAUGGGAUCCUGACGUCCCUCUUGUUGUCGAUGAGAACAUUGAGCUGCCCCAGUUGCAACUUGUCAAGAAUUACACGGCAGACUGCACCCAAGUCUAUUCUACUGGGAAUUUCACCUGCCUGGAGGUAAUUUUCGUCCUGAAGCGUCGUUUGGGAUAUUACUUAUUUCACACAUACGUCCCAACUUGUCUCAUAGUAAUCAUGUCGUGGGUGUCCUUCUGGAUAAAGCCCGAAGCAGCACCAGCUAGAGUUACACUUGGCGUGACUUCCUUGCUGACACUUUCAACUCAGCAUGCGAAAAGUCAAGCAUCUUUACCCCCAGUUUCGUACCUAAAGGCCGUGGACGCUUUUAUGUCGGUGUGUACGAUAUUCGUGUUUAUGGCUUUAAUGGAAUAUUGCUUAGUAAACAUCGUCCUUGGUGAUUCGGAUAUGCCGCCUCCCCCAAAACCACCCACACCGCCACCCCCACGUGCUUCAUCUUCUGGCCCAGAAGCAACCAAACUGGACAAAAUCUUCGACAUCGCGAGCAAGAAAUCGACAGCAGGUCCACCAGGUCCAACUCUAGCCCAACGUCAAAGAAUGCGAGCUCUCAACAUAGAUCGUUUCUCAAGAGUAUUCUUCCCAUUUUUAUUUGCAUUACUCAACGUCUCGUACUGGAUAACGUUCGCCAAGUACAUUACAUUCGGCGACGGAAAUUGUAUCCUCAGAACUCGGAACCAAUUCACAAUGGUUGUGUUUCGGCGCUGCCUGCUCGCAGAAAAUGUUUUUUUAUUUACAACUAUUUUCUUAUCAGCUCUUGCGGACCCCCAAUAUGGCCAAUCGAGAGAGCCAGUUAGAGGUAUCAAACAAAAAAGGAUUCAUCCCUGUGAUCAAAGUUCCUGUUAUCCUGCGACAGGAAAUUUAUUAGUUGGAAGGACAAAUCGGUUACAAGCCUCAUCCACUUGUGGAUUGAGGAAUGCCGAAAGAUAUUGUAUCGUCUCCCAUUUGAAAGAUAGGAAGAAGUGUUUCUACUGUGAGGCUAGUAACCCAAAGAGACAACAUGGUAUCGAGAACGUCAUUAGUGGAUCACCACACAGAACUUGGUGGCAAGCAGAAAAUGGAGUCGAGAACGUAACAAUUCGUUUUGAUCUAGAAGCUGAGUUUCAUUUCACACAUAUCAUUAUUCGCUUCCAAACGUUUCGACCUGCUGCUAUGUUGAUUGAGAAGUCCCAUGAUUUCGGAAAAACAUGGCAAGUGUAUCGGUACUUUGCACACAAUUGUGAACAUUUCUUCCCUGGUAUUCCAACUCAUAUGCCACAAAAAUUGACGGAUGUUAUUUGCGAAACAAGAUACUCGCACGUUGCACCAUCCACAAAUGGAGAUCUUAUUUUCAGAGUGCUACCAUCCAACUUGCUGAUCAGCAACCCCUACUCAACGGAAGUGCAGAAUCUCCUCAAGAUGACGAACUUGAGAAUAAACUUCACCAAACUUCACACACUUGGCGACGACCUCUUAGACAACAGAGCAGAAAUCAGAGAAAAGUAUUACUACGCCAUCAAUGAUAUGAUCAUUCGAGGAUCCUGUUCCUGCUAUGGUCACGCUUCCAGAUGUUUGCCUCUUCCAGGAGUUGUCAAUGAGGAGAAUAUGGUUCAUGCAAGAUGCGAAUGUACUCACAACACUAAGGGACUCAACUGUGAAUUCUGUGAAGAUUUCUAUAACGACCUACCUUGGAAGCCUGCUGUUGGAAAGCAAACGAAUACUUGUAGGAAGUGUAAUUGCAACAACCAUGCCACUUCUUGUCAUUUUGAUGAGGCGGUUUACGAAAGAUCAGGAAAAGUCUCGGGCGGAGUUUGCGAUAAUUGUCAGCACAAUACCAGGGGUCAAAAUUGUGAGCAAUGUGCUCUUUAUUUCUACCAUGAUGAGAGCAAAAAUAUCUCAGAUCCUGAGGCUUGUCAGCUUUGCGAUUGUGACCCUCGAGGUUCCUUGGACGAAGGAAUUUGUGAUUCUCGGACAGACCCAUUGAGUGGAGAGGAAUCAGGAAGAUGUCACUGCAAACCCAAUGUCCAAGGUCGUCAUUGUAACGAGUGCAAGAACGGUUAUUGGAAAAUCGAUUCCAAUAACCCAGAUGGCUGUCAAGCAUGUACAUGUGAUACUCUUGGAACUAUCAACAACGAGGGUUGCGACGUAUUAACCGGAGACUGUACCUGUAAAAGAUACGUUACAGGACCAGAUUGUAAUCAAUGUUUGCCGGAAUACUACGGUCUUUCUGAAGACGUAGAUGGUUGCAAACCUUGCGAAUGUGAUCCUGGUGGUUCUCUUGAAAGCUCCUGUGAUGUUGUUACAGGACAGUGUCGUUGCAGAUCUCAUGUUAGUGGAAGAACCUGUAACCAGCCAGAGCAAAGCUACUACACAGGUUAUAUAGAUUUACUGACUUAUGAAGGAGAACUGGCAAGAGGAACUGAUAAUUGCCAAGUAGUCAUUAGAGAGCCUUACAGAGACGGAAGGAAUAGCACCUGGACAGGAAUUGGAUUCAUGAAAGCCCUUGAGGGAUCCACCUUGAACUUUACAGUUGGUGAUAUUUACAGAUCGAUGUGGUAUGACAUCAUAGUUCGAUAUGAACCAGUGCACCCUGGUACAUGGAACGAUGUACAGAUUGUGGUCGAACGCCACGAACCAGUAAAUCCAAAUGGACCUUGUGCAGAAUGGAAACCAGAUGACGAUCGAUUGUGGACUCAGUUGCCAGCAAAUUCCCGAAGUGCUGAGGCUAUUCCACCCAUUUGCUUAGAAGCUGGUAAACAGUACAAUAUCUUGCUAACUUUAACGCAAUUUGUUAGUCCUGCAGAUACACCUUCUGCUUCUAUUCUCGUAGAUUCGAUUGUCCUCAGACCAAAUAUUGAUUACAUUCCAUUUUUCAACGGCUCUGGCUUAGCAGAACUACGAAGGCAAGAAUACGAAAGUUAUAGAUGUAAUGAAUUCUUCAACAAUGUAGGCUACAGACAGGAUGCACCUGAUGUCUGUAGCAAAUACUAUAACAGCAUUGGUUAUUACGUUUAUGAUGGUGCACACUUGUGUGAAUGUAAUCCCACUGGAUCACACAGUGCCUUCUGUGAAAUCAAUGGUGGGCGCUGUUACUGCAAAACCAAUGUUGUUGGCAGACGUUGCAACCUAUGUGCUCCAGGAACUUAUGGAUUUGGUCCAGAAGGUUGUAAGGCAUGUGACUGUGAUGGUGUUGGAGCUUUGGACAAUUUCUGUGACGAUGUCAUCUGUGAAUGUCGUGAAGGCUAUUCAGGACCAAGAUGUGACAGCUGUGCUGAAAACUACUAUGGGAAUCCCGAAGUACCUGGUGGAAGUUGUUCUACCUGUGACUGUAGCAACAAUACGGACAUAUACAGGCCAGGAAAUUGUGAUCCAAACACUGGACGCUGUCUUCAAUGUUUGUACAAUACGGCCGGUCCAAACUGUCAGAUCUGUAAGCCUGAUUACUUCGGUAAUGCUUUCUUUAAGGAUUGUCAACCGUGUGGGUGUGAUGUUCUUGGAACAGACAGACAUGUUGGAUCUUGCGAUCAUCGAACCGGACAGUGUCCUUGCCUCCCACACGUUGUUGGUAAGCUUUGCAACGCCUGUGAAGAAAAUCACUGGAAGAUUGCUAGUGGUCAAGGUUGCGAUCCUUGCGAGUGUGACCUUAUUGGCAGCGUAUCUGACAAAUGUAAUCCCUUCGAUGGAACUUGCGAAUGUCGUGCAGGCUUUGGUGGCAGAAGAUGUAACGAGUGCCAAGCCAACCAUUGGGGUGACCCCAACGUGGAAUGCUUCCGUUGCGACUGUGACCAGGUAGGAUCAGCCAGCCCACAAUGUAACAGAGAAACCGGUGCCUGCAUCUGCCACAAAGGAAUUGGAGGUCCCAAAUGUGAUCAGUGUGAUCGUAGUUACAUCGGUUACGCUCCUAACUGCAGUCCUUGUGGCGAAUGUUUCGACAAUUGGAAUAUGAUCCUUGAUGGUUUGAGUAACAAGACCGACUACGUUAUCGCGGAAGCCUCCAACAUUCAAAAAGUAGGAACCACCGGAGUCUACAGUCAAGAAUUCGACGACAUGGUGAACUCUAUCGAACAGGUGAAGACUCUGCUUGGAAAUGCAACAAUCAGAAUCCAGGAUGUAGAUGAACUAAAUAAACUCGCGAAAGACUUGAACAAGAACGUUUCCGCCACUGCAGAAAAUCUUCAGAGCGCUGAUGAACUCUUGAAUAAUGUCAAGCAGAGGGUGAACAUCAAUGAUGUAGCUUUAAAAACGUUGAAGAACAAAACGAACAGUCUUAAUAAGCAAGCUGCUAAUCUGAAGGAAAACGCGACCUUUUUACAAGAGGGAAAUGUCCAAGGUGCAUUGAAUGUCACCCGACUGAUGACUGCGCAAUCUCAGCAGGCUGAAAAAAUGGUAAACGAUACCACACACAUUUUGGAUAAUGCUGACAAGUAUAAGAAACAUACUGAAUCCCUGAUUGCCAAAAACAGCGAUGCAGUGGUUGAAGCUCUUUCGAAGAACAAGGAAUCUCUGGAGAAGUUGGGGGAGAAGCUGGAUGCCUUUGCAGAAGAAAUGCCCGAAUUAAAUUUGAAUAUGUGUGGACAAAAUGUAACGGAGUGUGGCAGCGUUUGUGGAGGGGCUGGAUGUGAUAAGUGUGGAGGACUAUCUUGCGAUGCUGGGGCUAAGACGAAGGCUACUCAGGCUUUGGAUGUUGCGAAGAAGCAAUCUACAAAGAUUAAGAUUUACAAAGAUGAGGCUGAACAACUGCUUCGUAGCCUGAACCAAGUGAAGAGUGACGCCACCUCAGCUCGCUCAAACGCUCAAGACGCUUUCAAAUUCGCGUCAGAUGCUCGAAACCGAUCCAACGACUUGGCGAGGAAUAUAAGCGACUUGGCGGACAAGAUCGGAAGUCUUCUAGAUCAAAACCAGAACCAGGAUCAUACAACACCGGCUCAAGUCAGAACACUCGCCGAAGAAGUAAUCGCGAAGAAUAUUCCUCUCAAGCCCGAAGAAAUCAGAGAGCUUGCUGAUAAAAUCAAGCAGAUUGUUGGAUCUCUCACCAACUCUGAUACGAUCCUCGCUGAUACUAAAGAUGAUUUGGAUCGCGUCCUAGAACUGAAAGCUCAAGCCAAUCGGACUAAGGAAGCAGCUCUUGAGAAGCAAAAUCUGGCAAGCAAGGUUGAUGAUCUUCUAAAGGAAGCCAAGGAAGCUCAAGAUUUUGCUGAUUCUGCCAUCGAAAAAGCUAAUAAAGACAUCACUCUCUCUGAAAAAGAUCUAACAGAGAUCAUCGAGGUGACAAGCAAGGCCAAGAAAAGGGCAGACAAUACUAAAAAUUCUGUAAAUGCUCUCGAAGAUAGGCUGAAUACACUGCUCUCUCAUGCUGGAAGGAAUGAAUUUAUUGUCAAGGAGGAAAUUGCAAUUCAAAGUGCAAAAGUAGGCGAGGAAGCUAAAUAUGUUGAAAAUAAAACUUAUAAACUUGGAGAAAAGUAUAAACAAGCUAGUGACACUCUGAAUGAGAGAGUGGAUAAAAGUAAGGCCAAUAUUCAAAGGGCAAAGAGACUAUUGCAACAAGCUUCAGAACUGACUGCUGAUACCUCUGCUAAAUACAAAGAUCUUUAUGGAAUGGAAAGUGUCUAUAAAGAGAAUGAGAUAAUUUUAAGUGAGCUGAUGGCUAAUGUUGAUGCCAUGAAUGAGGAAAUGAGUCGCCAGCUUGAGGACAUUGAGAAAAAGUCUCAAGCUUACAGGCAAUGUUCAAUCUAGGAAGAUGAAGGUGCUGAAUGCAAACCAGUAGGUCUGUUUCUUUGCAUUCAUAAAAUCAGAGAUCUGUAAAUUAUGUGUAGACAUGAAUGAUGUUUUCUUAAGAAAUGUAAAUGUGAAGAUAUUUUAUAUUUAAGUAAUUACAGAAAUUUAUAUACAAAGUUUUUUGUUAUUUUAGGUUCUAUAAAGCAUUUUUCAUAAGUCAUAGUGCUUAGUUUUAUCCUUAUUUCUAAAUAUUCUUCUUUUGAUUUAUUCAUUUGAAACUGUUUUAACCUUGUCACAUUUACAUUUGUAUUUUCCUAGAUACUCGUCCAUUUUUCUCCCUCUUUUUAAUACUCUAACCCCUCUGGCGAUGUGAUGUAUUUAUUAUAAUCUCUUUGAGACAUAGAAAUAGUAUAACAGAAUUGGUUUGUAACUGAAUGAGAAGAGAAUAUACAAAAUUCCAUUUCUUGUAAAGACUAAAGAAAAUCAUUUGGAAUGAAUGUCAGAUUCAAAAUCCAAUUUGGGACCAUUUUAAAAAUCUUUAUUCUCUGAUUUUGACUGUUACCUUGAAAGUGCCAUAAGUUUGGACCUAGGUCCAUUAUUUUAAGAGGUAAAUUACGUUAAAAAGGAAAUAAAGCCGAGCAGACGAGGAUGUACAUAUGUAAAUAUAAUAUAUCGAUGAUAAUCAUCCGUAUCUUUUUCAGGAAGAUUUAUGCUCUCUCAAAAAAGUAGGACGUAUCAUUAAUUUAAGAAAACAGAUAUUGUUAAUAGACACUUCCAUAACACAAAAUUCAAUGGCUUAAAAGAGGGGAUAUAAAUAAUAUAAUGUUUAAAAUAAAUAAAAUAAUUAAAUUCUUCGAUCUUUUCUAAGAAAUAUA